UUUUAGGCAGGUUGUUGCUGGUGUCCAGGAGUUGCGGAGCCGCCUGCCACAACCCUCUUAUUUCCUCGUUUUUCCUCAUAUUUCGUGCAAUUUUCUCCACUAUGGCGGCUGCCACACCUGUAGUGAUUGAUGGCAGUUAUUUAGAAGGUGGCGGCCAGAUACUCCGCAUGGGUUUAGCUCUCAGCGCUGUCAAAGACAUCCCUAUUACUGUUAAUAAAGUUCGAGCUGGGAGGAAGACCCCAGGGUUGCGACCCCAGCACUUGACCGGGCUGCAGGUGGUGCGAGAUGCUUGCAACGGUCAACUGGACGGUGGACAAAUUGGAUCGUGUGAAGUGACCUUCUAUCCUGGACGGAUUUGUGGCGGCAGAUACAUGGCUGACACCCAGACAGCCGGGAGUGUGUGUUUAUUAGUGCAGUCAGUGUUACCUUGUGCUCUGUUCGCCGACUCUCCCUCACGAUUCAUCCUACGCGGCGGCACGAAUGCUGACUUUGCUCCACAGGUGGACUAUACCAUACAGGUUUUCCGGAAAGUCGCUUCUUGGUUUGGUGUAGAAUUUAAGUUAUUCAUAAAUAAAAGAGGUUUUUAUCCUGUGGGAAAAGGUGAAAUAUCGUUAGAUGUAAAACCAGCUUUAAAAGGCCUCUAUGCAGCGGACUUUACGGAUUUCGGCGAACUUGUAUCAGUGCAUGGAAGAGCGUAUGUUUCCGGGGCCCUUCCUGUCAAGAUAGCACACAAGAUGGCCGACUCUGCCGAACAACUUUUAAGAGAAAAACUGCCCAGAGAUGUUGAUAUUUUCAUCGAGCGAAUCAAGGAGCAUCCCGAGAGAGCUGUAGGCAAUGGUUCAGGCAUCGUGUUGUGGGCGGAAACGGACUCUGGGUGUGUGCUCGGUGGGUCUGCUCUAGGGAAGAAAGGAAGAGAUGCAGAGGAGGAUGGACUGCUUGCAGCGAAGGAAAUUCUGGAGAGUGUGGAGAGACGUGCUUGCUUGGACAAGUAUGCACAAGAUCAGGUGAUUCUAUUUAUGGCAUUGGCGGAGGGUAAAUCCAGGAUCCGCACGGGACCCCUUACUGAUCACACCAAAACAGCAAUGUGGGUUGCAAAACUCCUGACCAAGGUUGAAUUCAGCAUCACCGAAGAAGAAGGCAGUGACUGUAUAUAUUUGGAGUGUGAAGGCAUUGGUCACACCCCAAUGAAAAGAAAAUAAUAGAAUAGUUAGCUGAUUAUCUACAUUGUUAAACACUCGAUGGAAAUCUCUCAUUAUAGCAUCAAUUUUGAAUUCCAUCAUCACUAUGAAUGUUCCUAUACACUGUGUAUAUAUAUCUAUGUAUAUAUAACAUAUAUAUUGUAUGGUUGAAUUUGGUAAAUGUUCUCUUGCAAGAUUAUUUCUCUGUUUAAGGAGUUUUUUCCAUCCUGAAAUCUCAAAAUAGUCAAGUGCAAAAGCCUUUUAAAUAAUUCAAUUGUUGUAUGUUCUUAUUCAGUUAUUGUAUGUUCUAAUUCACUUGUUGUAUGUUGUUCUAAUUCACUUAUUGUAUGUUGUUAUAAUACAAUUCCUGUAUAUUGUUAUUAUACAAUAGGUCAUCUUCCAGAGAAGGAUGACCCAUACAGUGCCUAGGGUAUGGUGGGUAAUCAGCUUUGAUUCAAGGAAAGGGAUGAUAUAGCUACUUCCUUGGAUCAAGAGCCUGUUACUGGCAUAAGGUAGCCCUCCUUGAAGGGUGGUUGGUCAUGUAAGUAUUUUGAGUGUUUAUUGAGAUUUCUGUGUAGAGAGAAACUCCUAAACUGCUGUUUUCGUUCUUCCAAAAAUUCUAUGUCAAUUUUAUAUUAAUACUGAUCAGAGAUUAUCCAUUUCCUUUGGGAAAAGAUUCACCAGAUUUUUGACAGCCUGGAUAAUCACAUUCUUUUGUGGUAUCCUUGUUUAGCAUUUCUUAUUUGGGGUGCUAGAUCAAACAAGGCCGUCAGAUAAUAUUGGUAGCCAGAAAACCGAAUCCAGGAUAAUCUACGAUCUGUAUUUAUUAUUGUUUCAUUAAGUUUCUUUUAUUAUAAACACUGGCUGUGGUAAUAUGCACAUACUUUUACCUUCGAUGAAUUUCAGGAGUAUCUCUCUGCCCCCCCCGAGGCCAGCCCUGGACCAGGCUCAUAUGGUCUAGAGCCUCUCAACUUUUCUUAUGUGCUUGACUCAAGAUUAAACGGUAAUCAUGUAUAGUUCUUUCUACUUAGGAUUAUUAUUUUUUCUUAGAUGUGAAGUGUUUGUAGAUUGUAAUAAUGCAAGCCAAAAGUAUUUCCCGGUACCGUAAAUUGCUUUAAACACUGGGUGUAGCAAGGACAGUACAGUGCUCUCUCAGUACCCACUAAUGAUCCACUCUGUAAGAAGCUUGUGUAUGAAUGAAUUUGUUGAUUUAAAGACACAUAAGCAAACACUAGGACAUACUUAUUAGGAAACGUUUUGGUCCUGGGACCUUCUUCAUUUCUAACGCAUAGAGUUUAUAAUAGGACAUACUUAUUAGGAAACGUUUUGGUCCUGGGACCUUCUUCAUUUCUAACGCAUAGAGUUUAUAAAUAACAGUAUAUAUAGGAGAUAAGUGGGGUGUAAGUGACUCAUGGUGACCUGAAAAAUGCAAGUGACUUGUAAAACACCAAGUGUCACACUCCACUCUCCUAUAUUUUUUUUUUAACACUGGCUAUAUCCCACCGAGGCAGGAUGACCUAAAAACAAAAAUGAAAAUUUUACUUUCGUAUACAGGAGAAGGGGUUACUAGCCUCUUGCUCCCGGCAUUUUAGUCGCCCCUUACGUCAUGCAAGGCUUAUGGAGGAAAUAUUCUGUUCCACUUCCCCAUAGAGUUCCAUCUAUAUAUACUAUCAUUUCAAACCAUGUUAGAAGUGAUUAAGGUCCCAGGACCAAAUUAUUCUCUUUUCAAACCAUGUUAGAAGUGAUUAAGGUCCCAGGACCAAAUUAUUUUCUUUUCAAACCAUGUUAGAAGUGAUUAAGGUCCCAGGACCAAAUUAUUCUCUUUUCAAACCAUGUUAGAAGUGAUUAAGGUCCCAGGACCAAAUUAUUCUCUUUUCAAACCAUGUUAGAAGUGAUUAAGGUCCCAGGACCAAAUUAUUCUCUAAUAAAUAUGCCCUAGUGUUUGCUCACAUGCCUUUUUAAACCAAUUUGUUAAUAAUUACCAAAAUUUAUACUAAUUUGUUAAUGCAAAACUUGAGUGCCAAUUGGAAAUUUGGAAGAUAUGUUAGUACUCAGAGUACAUGUAUUAUGUUAAAAUUUUCUGCUAUUUUGGAACGACUAGCAAAAUAUACAUAGAUGAGGAUGUGGAAAAGGCAUAAUAAUACAGAUGAAGAUAUAGAGAAGGUACAGGAACGGAUGAGGAUACAAAAGAGGUAUAAUAACGUAGGCAAGUUGCACAUCUUUGCGAGUAACAAAAAAAACUGAACACAAAACAACACUUGUAGGUAACAGUAGAACAAAACAAUUGUAAGUAACAAUAGAACAUAAAACUUGAGUAACAAAGAAUAGAUCAUGAAACUUGAGUAACAAAGAAUAGAACAUAAAACUUGAGUAACAAACAAUAGAUCAUGAAACUUGAGUAACAAAGAAUAGAUCAUGAAACUUGAGUAACAAACAAUAGAUCAUAAAACUUGAGUAACAAACAAUAGAACAUAAAACUUGAGUAACAAAGAAUAGAUCAUGAAACUUGAGUAACAAACAAUAGAUCAUAAAACUUGAGUAACAAACAAUAGAUCAUGAAACUUGAGUAACAAACAAUAGAUCAUGAAACUUGAGUAACAAAGAAUAGAUCAUGAAACUUGAGUAACAAACAAUAGAUCAUGAAACUUGAGUAACAAACAAUAGAUCAUAAAACUUGAGUAACAAACAAUAGAUCAUGAAACUUGAGUAACAAACAAUAGAUCAUAAAACUUGAGUAACAAACAAUAGAUCAUGAAACUUGAGUAACAAACAAUAGAUCAUGAAACUUGAGUAACAAACAAUAGAUCAUGAAACUUGAGUAACAAACAAUAGAUCAUGAAACUUGAGUAACAAAGAAUAGAUCAUGAAACUUGAGUAACAAACAAUAGAUCAUAAAACUUGAGUAACAAACAAUAGAUCAUGAAACUUGAGUAACAAACAAUAGAUCAUGAAACUUGAGUAACAAAGAAUAGAUCAUGAAACUUGAGUAACAAACAAUAGAUCAUGAAACUUGAGUAACAAACAAUAGAUCAUAAAACUUGAGUAACAAACAAUAGAUCAUGAAACUUGAGUAACAAACAAUAGAUCAUAAAACUUGAGUAACAAACAAUAGAUCAUGAAACUUGAGUAACAAACAAUAGAUCAUGAAACUUGAGUAAAAGACAAUAGAUCAUAAAAAUAUGUUCAUAAGGUUGAUCUUUAUGGGUUUAGCACUAAGUUAUGAUUAUAAUAAUAAUGAAAAUGUUUAUAAGGUGACUCUCCGAAGUGCCGGUGUUUGUUGAGUUGUCUAAAUGAUGAUUGUUCUCAAUACAGUUAUUAUAUUGUAAAUUAGACAUCUUAAUUCAUAAAUGUUUUAUCUACAUGGUAGGUUUCUUCAGUCAAAUACAGAGGCAGCAGAGAUGUAAAGAUGAUAUUAGCAGUCCAUCACCCUUGAAGGUGUAGUUUUGAGGUGGUCAGUCCCUCUGCAGAACUGGAACAGUGUUCCAGACUAUGGAACAGAACUGGAACAGUGUUCCAGACUAUGGAACAGAACUGGAACAGUGUUCCAGACUAUGGAACAGAACUGGAACAGUGUUCCAGACUAUGGAACAGAACUGGAACAGUGUUCCAGACUAUGGAACAGAACUGGAACAGUGUUCCAGACUAUGGAACAGAACUGGAACAGUGUUCCAGACUAUGGAACAGAACUGGAACAGUGUUCCAGACUAUG